AUUAAAGACUUUGAAAGCAAUAAGUAGUCUUGGAAGCAGUAUUCCGCCUGUCCAAGUAGGUCAAAACCUUUAAUAGCAGUGUUUAGCGUUCUGGAAGAAGCAAUAGGUAACUUUUUGAAAUAGUAUUUCCUCUUUCCAAGCAGUUUUUAGUCUUUUACUGGCAGUAUUUAAUCUUCUGAUAGCAAUAAUUAGUCUUUUGCCAACAGUAUCUAGUAUUCAGGAACUUCAGGUAUAGAUUUUAGAUUAUCUUUAGUUUGUAGAUGGUAAACAACGACAUUUUAGUCGUUUUGCGGCGAAAACCUAGAAACAACCGUAUUUCACUCGAAAAUUGUCGAUUUUUAAGCGACAUGAUGAUUCUUGAAUUAUACCAAAACUUGUAUAAAAACAGACAACUUUAGAUACAUCGAAAAACGGCUACGUACAUUCCUAGAGUAAGAUGAUACUAACUUAAAAGAAAAUUUUUUUGAUCCAUUGAUAAAUAUGGGAGUUAUCAUGCGCGCAGAUUGGAAAUGUACUUUUCAGAAUCCCAGCACCGAGAGCGUUACAAAAAUGAAGUUUUUGACAGAAAAAAUUUUUUCUGCCAAUGGAUUUUCUUUCGAGACAGUCUAAAAUACAAUUUAAGCGAAGUCCGUUCUAACAAGGUUCAUUAUAUCGAAGUUUUACUGUAUUAGCAAAUUAUAUUAGCAUUCUAAAUUAAUUAAAUAAUUUUAAUAAAAAAAAUUAACCUAUUUUUUUAUGCAAAUAAAACUACGUUCCUCAGCCACAUUGUCAGCAUAUUUAUUAUCACAAAAUUAUUUUAUAGCACUUAAGAUUAGGUGUUUGUUUUGAUAGAAGUAAUAAUGAAAGUCCUUGAGAGAAUGUAGCGAACGUUUCUGAAUUCAGUUUUAUUCAAGUGCUCCAUUAAACAGUUACAAUUUGAACAAAAUGAAGCGUAUAAUAUUAGAUUGUGACGUCGGCACCGACGAUGCCCUAGCUCUUUUAAUACUUCUAAAAGCAGACCAAGAAAAACUGGUUAAAAUCGAAGCCAUUUGCUGUAGUAUGGGAAACACUUCGAUUGAAAACGUUUGCAUAAACGUCAUGAGACUUUUACAAAUAACAAAACGCACAGAUAUUCCUGUUUAUCGAGGAGUUAAAGAUGAAUUAAUAAAACACGCCAAAUUAAAAACAAAUUUUCAUGGUAAUGAUGGUUUUGGAGAUCUUUCAGUUGAUGUGGAACCCAAUUUAGAUUUAAUUAAAUCCGAACCAAGUCCAAUUGGGAUGUAUUCAAUUGCGAAAAAAUUAAAUGGAGAUGUUUCUUUAAUGGUUUUAGGACCAUUAACAAACCCAGCAUUAACAAUAAAGUUAUUUCCCGAUUUUACAGAAUUACUUCAUGAAAUUUUAAUAAUGGGUGGAAAUUACAAAGCCAUUGGAAAUAUAACGAAAACUGCGGAAUAUAAUUUUCACGUUGAUCCAGAAGCUGCUCAUAUAGUUUUAAAUGAUUCAAAAUGUCCCAUCACGAUAUUACCCUGGGAAACUUGUCUAAAACCCAAAAUAACGUUUGAUUGGAGAUGGAACGUAUUUGGAAAGAUUAAUUUAAGGCCAAUUCAACUUUUAACAGAAGCUGAAAGGAAUAUUUAUACCCAUAAAAAAGAUUUUGAAUAUUGGUUACCUUGUGAUGCAUUUUUAGCAGCUGCUUUUGUGAACCCUGCAUGUCUUGAAUUAACCAAGUCAUUUCAUGCAACUGUAGAAUUACACGGAUAUGAAACAAGGGGCCAAUUAAUUUUAGAUCAUAAUAAAAAUGAAAAAGAUAAUGUUGUGAUUAUUACGAAAAUUAAUGAAAAUGUUUUUAAAAAUGUCUUGAUGAAUCUGUCAACAUUAAAUAUUCUUUAAAAUAUAUUUUAAUUCAAUCAACAACACAUUUAUAACAAAUAAAAUACUGUUGAAAAACGCAGUAGGAAUGA